UCCUGACUGCUUCCUUCACCCGCUACUACCCCACACCCCCCCCACUCACACACACACACACACACACACACACACACACACACAGACGAGCUGAGAAAACCCGCAUUGAAGAAGCAGAAGAAGAGUAAUGUCAGUAUUAGCUACGAGCACGUGUAAACACAGGUAACGCUUCCGCUCGCUAGUGUCCUCGUCAAGAGGAGGACGUGUGUUCGAUUCCCCUCGUACGCAGCAGCCGUAAACAAUCAGAGAUGCCUCAGAAACAGAGGACCAAGUCCUGGACGGAGUUGAAGCAAGCUGGAAAUGAAUAUUUCAAGACGGGCCAGUAUGGAGAGGCCACCAAUCUCUACAGCCAGGCGAUCAAAGAGCUGGAGAAGUGCAAUAAAAAGAACCCGGAGGAUUUGGGCAUUUUGCACUCAAACCGUGCCGCCAGCCAGCUGAAAGAGGGCAACUGUGGCGAAUGUGUUAAAGACUGCAAUAUGUCUCUGGAGUUGUUCCCGUUCAAUGUGAAGUCCCUGCUUCGUCGUGCUGCUGCCUACGAAGCUCUGGAGCGUUACAGGCUGGCUUACGUAGACUACAAGACUGCUCUGCAGAUCGACUGCAACAUAGCAGCUGCUCACGACGGCACCAACAGGAUGACGAAGGCGCUCACAGAGGCAGACGGGCCGUCAUGGAGAGAAAAGCUUCCCCCCAUCCCCACCAUUUCUCUGUCUGAUAGAGAGAAACUAGCCCAGAAAACUACAACCAACGCCGCACAACCGAACCCGAACCUGACACCGAAACAGAACGGCACCAGACAAACAAACAAACCUACUCCCAGUGAUAAAGACAUAAAGAAAGGACAAACCCUGAAAGAAGAAGGCAAUGCUCUGGUGAAGAAGGGAGAGCACAAGAAGGCCAUAGAGAAGUACAGCCAGAGCCUCAAACACAACCCCACCGAGAUCACAACCUACACCAACAGGGCGCUGUGCUACCUGUCAGUGAAGCAGUACCGAGACGCCGUCAGAGACUGUGACGAGGCUCUGAUGAUCGACAGCAGCAACAUCAAGGCUCUCUACAGGAGGGCUCAGGCUCUUCUGGAGCUCAAGGACAUCAGAGGUUGCGAGGACAACCUGAACACCCUGCUCAAAGUGGAACCAAACAACGUGGCCGCCCUGAAGAUGCUUGAGGAUGCGCAGCAGAGGAAGUGAUGACACAUCAGGGGUCUCUGGAGACGGCGUAAACCCACCGGCCUUCUGUCUUCCACCUUGAGAUCUGCUUCUGCGUCAUUCGUUCCUGUUUGACUUUGGCUGCUUGGCGUUUCCAUCCAAAAACAACGCUGCAGAGUGGGUGUUCCUGUCUACUCACCUGUGGUCCAGAAAUCCUCACCGUGUCACCACACUUGCAAUUUUGUGUGUGUCCUCUGAAGACCUUCCUGCUGGAUUCCUCCACUAUGUCUGCUGUCUACUGCUCCAUUGUCUUUAGCUGAACUGUAUUGUUUGCUCCUUUACCUGCCAUGCUCUCUACCUACUGAGUUUUGGCAAUAAAAGUAAUU